GUUUGGGCUCCCUUUGACUGAAUCUUUCUCCGGCCGACUUGCAGGAAUUUUCCAAAACACGCCACCGACUAUGUAAAAGCAUAGUUGAGCCCCUUUUACCUGCUAACCUUGAGGAUAUCUUCAACUUUGUUCCUCUGUACGACUCCAAAGUCUUCAGAGUCUCCAAGUCCCAAAGGCAGCACCGUCCAAUGUCACUCAGCCGGUGCAUUUUGGGGCUGGCCUGCCUGUGGCAUGGCGUCAUUGCCAGCCCACCGGGUGCCGUCCCAUCCAACAUCCCAAUUGCACAGACAGCAACAGUCGCACAACCCAUCGCAAACUCUGCUGCCCCGCGAAAACUACACGGCAAAUUUCUGCACAUCACUGAUUUACAUCCCGACCAAUUCUACAAGCCGCACUCCUCCACAGACGAAGCCGAUGCCUGCCACCGCGGCAAAGGGCCUGCCGGCGUUUACGGCGCCGAGGUCUCCGAUUGCGACACGCCCUUCGCCCUCAUAAACGCGACCUUUGACUGGAUAGCCGCCAACAUCAAAGACGAUAUCGAUUUUGUCAUCUGGACCGGUGAUACCGCCCGCCAUGACAGCGACGAGGAGAUCCCCCGCAGUGCCGACCAAGUUUUGGGUACCAAUCGUUGGAUCGCCGACAAGAUCGCCGAACUCUUCUCCGAUUCGACCGGCCAAAAUCUCGAAAUACCCAUUGUACCGACGCUAGGGAACAAUGACAUAUUGCCGCACAACAUCCUGCUCCCGGGGCCGAACCCCUGGCUGCAACAAUACACGCAUCUUUGGCGUCGCUUUAUCCCGGAAGAACAGCGCCAUGGCUUCCAGUUCGGAGGAUGGUUCUACGUCGAGGUUAUCCCGGACAGGCUCGCCGUGUUCAGCCUGAACACCCUGUACUUGUUCGAUCGCAAUGCCGGGACUGACGGUUGCGCCAGGCCCAGUGAGCCUGGAUACAAGCAGAUGGAGUGGUUGCGUAUCCAGCUCCAGAUCAUGCGGGAGCGCGGCAUGAAGGCUAUCCUCACGGGUCAUGUCCCUCCUGCGCGGACAGAUAGCAAGAAGCUGUGGGACGAGAAUUGCUGGCAAAAGUACAGUUUGUGGCUCCGCCAGUAUCGGGAUGUGGUCGUUAGCGGCUUGUUUGGCCAUAUGAACAUCGACCAUUUCGUCAUUCACGAUGAGCACGACAUCAACGUGGGCCUACUCGCUGGCCUGGCUGAUGACAGCAUUGAUACUCGGGAGGCCAUGGACGACGAGCUCUCGAUCACGGGAGCAGCUGACUACCUCCUAGAGCUGCGCCAGAACUGGGCAAAACUUCAACCACCUCCCACCGACUCUAAGAGCCCUAGCAAGAUGAAGAAAGGCAAGAAGGGACGGAAGGGCAAGAAGAAGAAGACCGACUUGUGGGGUGAACGCUACUCACUCUCGCUCGUCAGCCCCAGCAUCGUUCCGAACUACUACCCUGCCCUGCGUAUCGUCGAGUACAACACUUCGGGAUUGGAGAACACGCCCCUUUGGAGGGACGCAGCCAAGAACGUGAUGCCAAUCGAGCUGGAGCAAAAUGACAGGCAGAAGCACCUCGACCUCAAGCGACGACACCUUUCCCACACCGAAGAAGACGACGAGAUCGACGCCCAGAAGAAAAAGGGGAAGAAGAACAAGGGCGGUGACUCUAAGCCCAAAGAGCCCGACUUCCUCAUUCCCCACCCCCCUGCGAAGAGCUCACCGCCAGGACCGGCCUACUCCCCACAGCCCCUUACGCUGACCGGCUACACUCAGUACUUUGCCAACCUUACGCAUAUCAACAAUAUCACUACCGAGGACCGUCCUGCGCUGUCGAGUGAUAAUGAAGAGGAUGAGACAUGGGUCGAUUGGCUUCUCCGCUGGCGAAAAGGAAGACACGGCAACAAGAAGCCCACCCACCCAGAGCCCGACCCGCGCCAGUUCAACUUCGAGGUGGAGUACAGCACCUUUGACGACAAGCUGUACAAGCUGGGUGAUCUCACGGUCAAAAGCUAUGUUGAUCUUGCGUACCGAAUCAGUAAGCAGCCUAACGAGGGCAAGGCUAAGGGCGUGGAUGUCACGUAUGAGUCCGAGGACGAAGAGGAGGAGGAUAAGGAUCUCUUUGAGGACGUGGAAGAUGAAGACGAGGGAGAAGAUGGUGAUGAUGACCCAAAUGACGAUGAGGAGUCGGAAGAUGAUUCGGACGACGAAGAGUUGCACGACGAGAAGAAGGGUGGGAAGAAGCACAAGAAGAAGGGGAAGAAGAAGCAGAACAAGAUAUGGAUGCACUUCCUCACUCACGCCUUUGUGAGCACGGUGGAAAAGGAGGAUCUGAAGAAGUUUACGUGAUACUCAUCAUGUUGUACUCUGGUUUGGGCAUAACGGAGCAUUUUGGAGUUUCUUUUGGUUCAAGGCAACAAUGUGUAAGGGCAUACGGAUAU